AUGGAGAUUAAUAAUGUUAAUGAUGCUUCAACAAAGAUUGACAGGAAAACUGUUGAGAGGAACAGAAGAAUUCGCAUGAAAGGUCUCAUUCAUGAGCUUACAUCCCUUGUUCCUCCUCAGCAUUUUGUUCCAUCCAAGGAACUGCUUUCUCAACGAGACCAGAUUGAUCAAGUUGCUGCUUAUAUCAUGCAAUUAAGAGAGAGAGUAGAGAAUCUGAAGAAGUCUAAAGAGCUAGUCAAGAGCAAAAUCGAAACAAAGGGUACAAAAAGCAGAAAUUCAGCUAUUCCGGGAUCAAGUAUUCCAAUUGUGAAAAUCAGAGAAAUUGGUUCAAACUUGGAAGUGGUUUUAGUAACUGGUUCAAGGAAGAACUUUGCUUUACAUGAAGUCAUCCUAGUUCUUGAAGAACAAGGUGUGGAAGUAGUUAGCAUUAGCAUUUCUACAAUGGACGAUAAAAUCUGUCACAUACUGCACGCUCAGGUUAAAGUUUCCAGACUUGGCGUAGAUACAUCGACAAUUUACGAUAAAUUGCAGAAGUUAUUUAAUUAUGACACUUAA